UAGGGGAAUAAAUGAUUUAUUUCUUCGUCUUUUCUUCUCUGCUACUCUUUCGGUUCUCAUUCCUUUCGUUUAUGUGGCUGUAAAGAUGAAGCUUCACUCAUUUGCUUAUUUGUCGACCCUUUUGGGUUCGGCUCUCGCAUUGACAAACUCCUCAGAGGGUCUCCUAAAGGCUAACGGAGUGUCCCUUGGCGAAUGGCAAGAUGCCUUUCAGAAAGCAUCCCACUUCGUCUCCCAACUAAGCACCGCCCAGAAAAUCCAGCUGAUUACCGGUAACGAUGUCAACACCACCGACGGCACCUUCACGGCCCUGCAGUUCCUUGACGGCUCUAUGGGUCUCCAGGACUACUUCUACGCCUCUGCAUUCAGUCAGAGCUCCGCCCUGGCCAUGACCUGGGACAGGGAGGCCAUGUACGACCAGGCCCGCGCCGUGGCCACAGAGUUCUACCUCAAGGGUAUUCAAGUCGUCAAUGGACCUACCACGCAGCCUAUGGGAAGAACUGUUUGGGGUGGUCGAUUAGUUGAGACUUUUGGUCCGGAUCCGUAUUUGAAUGGCAUUGUUACUGGGUUGAGUACAAAGGCCUACGUUGAUACUGGUGUGAUUGCCGGGGCCAAACACUACAUUCUUAAUGAGCAAGAAACGAACCGCACGUCGGGUGGCGGCGGCGGCGGUGGUGGCCCUGGGGGUGCUAAUGGUGGCCCUGGAGGCAUGGUAGGAUCGAACUCCUCGUCUAGCUCCAUGCCACCAUCCAAGCGUGCGGCUGGGGGCUCUGACUCCAGCUCUAGCUCCGCCCCCUACUCAUCGAACGCUGACGAUAAGACCAUGCACGAGACGUAUCUGUGGUCUUUCUAUGACGGUGUCAAGAACGGACUUGGAGCUGUCAUGUGUGCCAUGACCAAGGUCAACAACACACUGUCCUGCGAGAACUCCGAUAUUCUGCGCAGACUGCUCAAGAACGAACUUGGAUUCCCCGGUAUGGUCUUCCCAGACACCAUGGCGCAGCAGCACGCCCUGGCCAGCGCGGUCAACGGUCUUGAUUACGGAUCUAGUAGCCUCUGGAGCACAUCCACUAUGAAGCAAUUCCUCUCGAACGGCAGCCUUCCCCAAGCCCAACUCAAUGAUAUGGCCAUCCGCAACCUCAUGGCCUACUACCACGUCAACCUGGACAACGGCACACAGCCCGUAACCGCCGACAAAGACGCCUACGUCGACGUCCGCGCAAACCACUCCAAGCUCAUCCGCGCCAACGGCGCCAAAUCCCUCGUCCUGCUCAAGAACACAAACAGCGCCCUGCCCUUGAAGAAACCGCACACGAUGUCCAUAUUUGGCUCACACGCGGGACCAGCCACCGCAGGCCCGAACACUGAAUUCAGCGUCCAGGGUUCCGGUCCUACUUACCAGGGCCAUCUGGCUACAGACACUGGAUCUGGACAGAGCUCGUAUCCCUACCUCAUCACCCCGCAGCACGCGCUUACCAGCAAGGCCGCCGAAGACGGCACCAUGAUCCGCUGGGUUUUGAACGAUACGUACAGCGGCGGCAGCGGGUCUGCGCUCGUCAUGCAGGGCUCCGACAGCACGGCAGUUACACCAUCCAUCUCCACAUACGCAGAUAACCAGGACGUCUGCGUCGUCUUCCUCAACGCGCUGGCCGGCGAGGGCGCUGACCGCACGGAACUGUAUAACGUCGACCAGGAUAACUUGGUGAAAUCCGUUGCAGAAAAUUGCAACAACACCGUCGUGGUCAUAAACACCGUCGGAGCGCGUCUCGUCGAUCAGUGGAUCGAAAACGAAAACGUCACCGCUGUUGUAUACGGUUCCCUCCUGGGCCAGGAAUCCGGUAACUCCAUCGUGGACGUUCUCUACGGCGAUGUCAACCCUAGUGGUCGUCUCAUUUACACCAUCGCGAAGAACGAGAGUGACUACAAUGUUGAUCUCUGCUAUACCUCCCAAUGCAACUUUACCGAAGGAAAUUACAUCGACUACCGCUACUUCGAUGUCUACAACAAAACCCCCCGCUACGCCUUCGGUCACGGCCUCUCCUACACAACCUUUAACUACUCCUCCCUCCACAUCUCCCCCAAAACCUCCCUUUCCCGCUAUCCCACAGGAACCCCCUCCGUCGGCGGCCCCACAGACCUCUGGGACAUCGUCGCCAACGUCACCCUGUCCAUUGAGAACACAGGUCCACUGUCUGGUGCUGAAGUACCGCAAUUGUACAUCGAAUAUCCCGAGGCCGCCAAGCAGCCUGUUCGGCAGUUGAGGGGUUUCGAGAGGGUGGAGAUUGAGAAGGGAGGGAGUGCGGAGGUUAGGUUCGGGUUAAGGAGGAGGGAUAUUUCGUAUUGGGAUGUUGGAGCGCAGAAGUGGGGUGUUGUUGGUGGGAGUUACGGCGUUAGGAUUGGGGCGAGUUCAAGGGAUGUGAGAGUUAAGGGGGAGUUUGAGGUUAAGACGGCUUGAGUGGCUUUCUUGGAGUCUUUUGGUUCGAUAGGUUAUAUAUGUAAGUAGAGUACGUGUAUUGAAUUAAUGCUCCGAAUGCUAUGGAGGAUGAACAAUGUGAUAAAACAAUUCUGGUUAUACCUAUGAUCCUACCUUACCCUGUAUUUAUGAUUUAUUCUCGUCCUAACGAACAUUCAAAAGCGCAAAAAAGAGCAGCUUGUCUAUCUUACAACUCGCAUACAACCCCGAGUACCCCGUGCUUAUCACCAACAAUGACACCAGAACCUAACAACGCAAACAUCAAACUACAAGACCAAUUACUUAGCAAAGUGCAAAUCAUAGCCCAGCCAGCGACGCGCAUUGACACCCGCGACAUCCAGACCAGGAGUACCGUAGGUCAA